UCAUUUUACGCCUUUUUGUUACGGAAAACGUUACGUCCGCCAUUUUUUUUGAGGGAGAAGUAGUCAGCAAGAUGGCUGCUUCCAUCGAAAGAGCAUGAAUAGAACAUAUUUUAAGCCUUGGCUUCAUUCCGGCAUGCAGUCAGUGCUUACUAAUGUGUCGAUGUCAUUAAAUCGCUGACCAUAUCACACAAAUAUAAAACUGCUCUUUUGCACGAUGCGUAUAUGUAUCACUGAACCCUUAUACUGUUAACUGGCUGCAUGAUGCUAGCGAGUAGCACUUUGUAACAGCUUAGUUAGCUUGAAUUGUUGGUUUUCACCAUUUUUCAAAGACUGUUAGGUGGUUAGUAACGAGCGUAGCAGGAACGACCAUAAAUUCAUGAUAUUGCUUGAUAGUAUAUGACGGCACUUUGCAUUGGGAAAAUGUAUGCUAGCUAAGUAUCUUUGAACAACAGGGAGACCGCCCACUGUUAGCUAAGCCCUCUUGCUCUGAGAGGAGGGGAUUGUGUGUUGUGGAUUGUUUGGCAAUAUGGCGACUCCCAGACAGGCAUGAAAAUCGCCUUCUGCGGCAGCUAGCUAGGCUAGGCACCUAGUAAAAUUGAGUGGGUUGUUUUUGGAGCUGUUGAGUGCGCUGUAAACCCUUCACAUAACAUAACCGCCAAUCGUCAAUCUUAUUUGCAAUUUCAGUACGUGGCCGCUACGAUUUUUAAACAUCAGCGUACAAAUGAAGCCACGAAAGGUUUUGAAUUUUUUUACAUCAUUUAGCUCCGCCAUUUUUUAGCCUGGCGCAGGUUUGUUUGGUUGUUACAAGAUGGCGGCUCCCAUGGAGUGGCACUGCUUUGCUUCUGGUGGGCUCUAACUGAAUGAUAAAAUGAUCAGGCGGCUUUUUUGAAGACAAGAAAAAACAUAGACUUGGCUGACAGACAGUGGCACUAGAUGUUUAUGAUUCUAUCUACCAAUGAGCCUGGAUCCUACUUCUUCACUAGCCGGCUUUUUCUCUCUCUUGCAAAGCGUCUACUGCUGAAUAAAAUGGCGGCUUCCAUGGAUUUUACAUAUUCCUGAAUGGGAUUGGACGUAUUGAUAUUUACCACAUCAAGAUAGUACGCUGCACUAUUAUGCACAAAAACACUUUUAGCUACCUAGUAUCUGCGUUUUGUUUUUGCAUGGAGUAAAAGCGACAGCUGAAUUUGAUCUUAUUUUCUCUGGUUUUGUUGGUUCGCUACAGUGAAAUUUGCUCCUCAGGCUAGAUUGCUAAACUAGCUAACGGUAUCAUUCUUCUAAACGUCUAUUUGAAACCUUUUAGCACCGGAGUUUUUUUUUCUUUUUUUAAGCCGAAAUGUCUUCACCUGGUUCCACGGUGUCUGGGACCACUGGCUCGGUUCUGCAGCCACGGUGGAAGCGGGUGUUGGGCUGGUCUGGCCCCGUCCCUCGACCCCGACACGGCCACAGAGCUGUCGCUAUUAAGGAACUGAUGGUUGUUUUCGGGGGAGGCAAUGAAGGGAUCGUGGACGAGCUGCACGUCUAUAACACAGCCACAAACCAGUGGUUCAUACCAGCAGUGCGUGGUGACAUCCCACCAGGCUGCGCUGCUUAUGGAUUUGUGUGCGAUGGAACACGGCUGCUGGUGUUUGGAGGAAUGGUGGAAUAUGGCAAGUACAGCAACGAUCUCUAUGAGCUACAGGCCAGUCGUUGGGAGUGGAAAAAACUGAAGCCUAAAGCUCCCAAAAAUGGCCCCCCUCCAUGCCCCCGUCUUGGACACAGCUUCUCACUGGUGGGAAACAAGUGCUACCUUUUUGGUGGGCUGGCCAAUGACAGUGAGGAUCCCAAAAACAACAUUCCCAGGUAUCUGAAUGACCUGUAUAUUCUGGAGCUGCGGCCAGGCUCUAAUGUGGCCGGUUGGGACAUUCCCAUCACCUAUGGCGUGUUACCGCCUCCACGCGAGAGCCACACUGCUGUGGUCUACACAGACAGAAGCAACAAGAAGUCCCGAUUGGUCAUCUAUGGCGGCAUGAGCGGCUGCCGCCUGGGGGAUCUUUGGACCCUUGACAUAGACACACUCACCUGGAACAAGCCCUCAGUGAAUGGUACAGCCCCCCUGCCCCGCAGCUUGCACUCUGCCACCACCAUCACCAACAAAAUGUAUGUGUUUGGGGGCUGGGUGCCCCUGGUCAUGGACGACGUAAAGGUGGCCACACAUGAAAAGGAAUGGAAGUGCACUAACACACUGGCCUGCCUGAAUCUGGACUCUAUGUGCUGGGAGACUGUUUUGAUGGACACUCUUGAGGACAACAUUCCAAGGGCCCGCGCAGGACACUGUUCUGUCGCUAUCAACUCCCGGCUGUAUGUCUGGAGUGGCCGCGAUGGCUACCGCAAGGCCUGGAACAACCAGGUCUGCUGCAAAGACCUCUGGUACUUGGAAACUGAGAAGCCCCCGGCGCCAUCGCGUGUGCAGCUUGUCCGCGCUAACACCAACUCCCUGGAGGUGAGCUGGGGUCCCGUGUCCACGGCCGACACCUACCUGCUGCAGCUGCAGAAGUACGACAUCCCAGCUGCCGUGGCUGCCACGUCGCCGACCCUCAACCCCACGCCGUCUCUGCCCAGUAACUCCCCCAAGAGUCCAGCACCGGCCGCCGCCGCUCCCUCCUCACAGAACCUCCCGCUCACUGGCAUCACGCUCGUGCCUCAGGUGGCUUCGCCCACGAGCUCCAUGCCGGGCAGCCCCCUGGCCGCCUCCACGGCCCGUGGCCCUGCCAUCCUGAAGGUUGCGGCACCCCAUUCCAGUGCCGGAACUUCUAUUGUCACUGUGCGACCUGCCAGUCAGGCUGGUAAAUCUCCUGUCACUGUGACAUCGCUCCCCGCUGGUGUCCGCAUGGUUGUCCCUGCACAGAGCACUCAAGGAACGCCAAUUGGGAGCAGUCCCCAGAUGAGUGGCAUGGCCGCCCUCGCCGCAGCGGCGGCAGCCACCCAGAAGAUCCCGCCCUCCUCAGCACCCACCGUGCUUAAUGUGCCAGCCGGCACCACCAUUGUCAAAACGGUGGCGGUGACCCCGGGAUCUACCACACUGCCAGCCACGGUCAAAGUGGCCUCACCUGUCAUGGUGAGCAACCCCGCCACCCGGAUGCUGAAGACCGCCGCAGCUCAGGUUGGCACCUCUGCCGUCUCCACGCCCAACACACCCACGCGCCCAAUAAUCACCGUUCACAAGUCUGGAACUGUCACCGUCGCCCAGCAAGCCCAGGUCGUCACCACUGUGGUGGGUGGCGUCACCAAGACCAUCACUCUGGUGAAGAGCCCUCUCACCAUGGGAGGAGGUGGGACUCUGAUCUCUAACAUUGGAAAAGUGAUGUCCAUGGUGCAGGCAAAGCCAGUGCCGACCUCGGCUGUGACUGGUCAGGCUUCUACCAGCCCUGUGACCCAGAUCAUACAGACGAAGGGCCCUCUGCCAGCCGGGACCAUCCUCAAGCUGGUGACCUCAGCAGACGGCAAGCCCACUACCAUCAUCACCACCACGCAGGCCGGUGGUACUGGGAGCAAGCCCACCAUUCUGGGGAUCAGCAGCGUCUCCCCCACUACCACCACCAAGCCAGGCACCACCACCAUCAUUAAGACCAUUCCUAUGUCGGCCAUCAUGACCCAACCAGGCGCGACAGCAGGAGUAACUAGCAGCACUGGGAUCAAGUCACCCAUCACGAUUAUCACCACCAAGAUGAUGACUGCUGGCACUGGGACUCCUGGAAAGAUCAUCACUGCCAUGCCGAAGCUGGGAACUGGGCCUGGCCAGCAGGGGGUGACGCAGGUGGUUUUGAAGGGUCCUCCAGGGCAGCCAGGCACUAUUCUUCGAACUGUGCCGAUGGGUGGGGUCCGUCUUGUAACCCCGGUAACUGUAUCUGCUGUCAAGCCAACCGUAACCACACUUGUCGUCAAGGGAACGACUGGUGUGACAACUCUCGGGACAGUGACAGGCACGGUUUCCACUUCCCUAGCAGGCGGCAGUGUCGCUAGUGCCAAUUCAUCCCUUGCCACGCCCAUCACCACCCUAGGCACUAUUGCCACGCUGUCCAGCCAGGUCAUUAAUCCGGCUGCCAUCACUGUGUCCGCCGCCCAGACCAGCUUGACCUCAGCGACCCCACUGCCCACCCCGACCAUCACCAUGCAGUCAGUGAAUCAGCCGACCCAGGUAACCUUGAUAACUACACCUAGUGGGGUGGAGGCUCAGCCAGUGCAGGAGCUGCCUGUCUCCAUCCUGGCGUCCCCCACCUCUGAGCAGCCCAGUGCUGCUGAGGCUGGGGGGGAUAUGCCCGGUACCGUUACCCUGGUCUGUUCCAACCCCCCCUGUGAGACACAUGAGACUGGCACCACCAACACGGCCACCACUGCUUCUGCCAGCAUGGGUGCCAACCAGACUGGCACGGUGCAGAGGGUGUGCUCCAACCCCCCCUGUGAAACCCACGAGACGGGCACCACCAACACGGCCACCACUGCUUCUGCCAGCAUGGGUGCCACCCAGACUGGCACGGUGCAGAGGGUGUGCUCCAACCCCCCCUGUGAGACCCACGAGACGGGCACCACCAGCACGGCCACCACUGCUUCUGCCAGCAUGGGUGCCAACCAGACUGGCACGGUGCAGAGGGUGUGCUCCAACCCCCCCUGUGAGACCCACGAGACAGGCACCACCAACACGGCCACAACGGCCACAUCCAGCAUGGACACUGGAGAAAGCACAGCUCAGCAGAGUAGUGGGACAGCAGAAGGAGAUGAUGGCUCCAAUCCUGAGUCAUCUUCCUCUCCUGCACUGCUCUCUGAAGCAGCCAGUGCUACGGUAUCUCAGAGCCGGGCCAUCACAACCGUGACUCACGCCACUCCUGCACCCGGACCUUCAGUACCUACCAUCGCCUCCAUCACUGAGGCAUCCGGCAUUCCCUGUGAAGAGGCCUCGGGCGAGCCCGCCCCAGAGCAGCCACAGCCAGAGGAGGAAGCCCUGAUGGCCGAGCAGGCCCAGGAGGGGUCCUUAGAGGCCGCCGCUGCCGUCCCGGAGGAGGAAGGGGAGCCGAUGCAGACUGAGUGUCAGGCCGGGCUGGGCGAGGACGCCGUUGUCGGGGUGAUAUCCAUGGAAGAUGAGUCAGUAGGCGUGGCCGAGGCGGAGGCAGCCGCCGUGCUGCAGGCUGAAGUGGACCAGCUGCCAAUGGCCAUGGAGACUCAGCAGGGCCAGGAGGAGCAGGCAGAGCAGCUGGAGCCAGCGGCGGAGGAGGCGGGAGCCUCGGCGGAUGCGCAGACCCUGACCCUGCCCCAGGAGCUGAUGUCCGAAGGGCAGCCCACCACGCUAAUGGUGACGGGCCUCACCCCCGAGGAGCUAGCGGUGACCGCGGCCGCUGAAGCCGCUGCCCAGGCCGCAGCCACCGAGGAGGCCCAGGCGCUGGCCAUUCAGGCCGUUCUGCAGGCCGCGCAGCAGGCAGUCAUGAGUGAAGGGGACUCCAGCCAUGAUGGCCAGCAGACCACCACCAUCCCCAUUGUGCUGACGCAGCAGGAGCUGGCUGCCCUGGUCCAGCAGCAGCAGCAGCUACAGGAGGCACAGGCCCAGGCUCAAGCUCAGGCUCAAGCACAGGCUCAGGCUCAAGCACAGGCUCAGGCUCAAGCACAGGCUCAGGCUCAAGCACAGGCUCAGGCUCAAGCACAGGCUCAAGCUCAUGCUCAGGCUCAAGCACAGGCCCAGGCUCAAGCACAGGCCCAGGCCCAGGUCCAGGUCAUCGCAGUGAGCGCUCAGCAGCAGCAGCAGCUAAGUGCCCAGGCUGCUGCUCUGCCCACGGAGGGUCUGGCCCCCGCGGACAGCCUCAACGACCCGGCGUCUGAGAGCAACGGGCACAGCGACAUGGCAGCUGCAGUCUCCAGUGCAGUGGCCCGGCUGCUGCCCUGCACUCCAGCUGAGAGUCUGGCCCCCUCAAGCACCUUUGCACCUUCACAACCCCUGGUUGCGGCCAGUCCAGCUAAGAUCCAGGCAGCGACUGCACUGGCUGAGGUGGCCAAUGGCAUCGAGUCUGCAGCAGGGAAGCAGAGUCCCUCACCUGCCGUUGUGAAGGCCCCAGUGAAGAAGGAGAACCAGUGGUUUGAUGUUGGGAUUGUCAAGGUCACAAACAUGUUGGUCACCCACUACUUUGUGCCAGCAGAUGAUGCACCUGCUACCGAUGAUGAUUCGGGAGCUGUCCCGGAUUACAGCCAAAUGAAGAAGAUGGACCUUCAGCCCGGCACCGCAUACAAGUUCCGCGUCUCGGGCAUCAACGCCUGUGGCCGCGGGGCCUUUUCUGAGAUUUCCGCCUUUAAGACCUGCCUGCCAGGCUUCCCAGGAGCACCCUGUGCCAUCAAGAUAAGCAAGAGCCCAGAUGGUGCUCACCUGACCUGGGAGCCCCCCUCGGUGACGUCAGGAAAGAUCAUUGAGUACUCGGUGUACUUGGCCAUCCAGAGCACGCAGGCGGGAGAGCCCAAGGCCUCGGCCCCAGCACAGCUGGCGUUCAUGCGCGUUUACUGCGGCCCCAGCCCCGCGUGUCUCGUACAGACGUCCAGCCUCUCCAACGCCCACAUCGACUACACCACCAAGCCAGCAAUCAUCUUCCGCAUCGCUGCACGCAACGAGAAGGGCUACGGCCCAGCCACGCAGGUCCGGUGGCUGCAAGAGUCCAGUAAAGAUGCCGCUUCUGCUAAACCUGCCACGAAAAGGCCGGUCUCAUCUGACAUGAAAGGUGCUGGUCCAAAGAAGGCCAGGUCUGACCAGUGAGCUCGUAUCCCCGUCCUCUUCUUCCUGACCAGUAAUAAGAUUGAAGUCACCUUUUGAUCAUCCUCCACCAGGCCCCCUGCACCACACCCUUUACUGAAAUGAGACAGGACCACAUCACUGGGGUCAGACUACAGCGGGGAAAAAAAACACAAUAAAAUCUUUGGAAAAAAACGACCCAGUCACAGCUCGGUGGUGCCAUGAACGCCUUAUCUCAAUCUGUGUAUAUAUUUUUUAUUCCAUUAUUGAUGAUCCUACUUCAGUGAAACAAAAGAAAAGCACAUUUACUUUUCUGCUUUUUUUUCCUCUGGCAUCCUGCUAAACCGAAAAUGCAACAUUCAGGCAGGUAUUUAGUUGCUUUUUACCCAUUUUGUUGCCUCUCCUUCCCGCAUCUUUGUUUUAAAGAACAAUGAAUAGAAACAAUAACAACUCUCUGUAGUCCGUUAGCCUUUUUCAAAAAGCCAAUUUUAACUGGGAGAUUGUGACUAAAGAUUUAAGGAGGAUGUGUGGGACGUAAUCUUCAAGUGGUAUAUAGAUAAACCAGAAAACAGACGGCACUUGCUCUCAAAGGGGAUAAAAGCUUCAUCUUGAAAGGAGAUGUGGAUUGACGUGAACCCGGACUCACAUCCAAUCGUUCUUUUGCAUCACUGUGUGCUUGUACCUUACAGAAUGCAAAGUGCAGACUGGGGGUUGAUCUUAAGACAUGGAAGAGAAAUGAACUGUGGUGCUUUUGAGGAGAUGGACUUGGUCUAUGCUUAGACCUACAGUGUGAAGCAAAUCUUGUAAAAAAAAAAAAAAAAAAAAAAAAUUAAAAAGAAAAAGAGUGGAAAAAAAUCUAAAUUAGCAAGCAGUGAUGCAGAUGUUCUGCGUGUUUAUUUUUGUAUUUUUUUUAAGUACUUUUUCUGUGUGUUUCAGAGAGCAGUUUUAAAUCCCAUUCUUUCUUUUACUGUUUUGUUCCCCAAUGGUCUAUAUACUCCAUGUGUGUGUAGGAGCUGACAAGGCUGAACUGAAGGAGUCACAAAAUUAUAUAUAUAUAUAAUAUACUUUUUUUAAAAUCCUGGUUUGAUCCAUUGUUAGUCUUGUUGUAUACAAUGUAAUGGGGCAUAUGUUUAAUUCAUUUCAAAGAGGGCAAAAGACACGGAUCUGAAAACCCAGAGGGCGAGAUGAGAGUUCUUGUUUACUUUCAGAACAUUGCAAAAGUAUCCUAUUUGUGUGUAAACAAAUGAUAUGAAAGGACUCUCGCAGGAAAAAUCAUACACAUUCUCUCUUCCUUUCAUGCAGUUUCCCACUUGAUAAUGGCUUCAGUAGAGGAUUUUUUUUUUUUUUGGAUCUUUAAAAUUUUCUUACAUUUUUUGUCUCUUCCCAAAAUUCAUUAAAACAAUGACCUCUGGAAAUGCAGAAUGCAUGUAGGAGUUUCUCUUACAGGUAAUUAGAAGGGAUAAAGUUUAUCAAAAUGUUACCAGAAAGAUUUUUGGCAGUAUGAAAGGGGGAUUAAAAGAAGAUGUUUGACUUGGCCAGACUCUGGACUCGCUUGUAAAUUAGUUGCUUCAUAUAGCAAGAACAUUUUGGCUCUUUUAUAUACAGUUAUCUGUAAGACGUUUUUACAUGUUGGUCAUCUCGAUCGCUUUUGUCGACAUAAAACGCAGAAAUGUAUUCUCUCUCAGUUACGCCUAUCAUUUCUGAAUUUCGUUUCCAGUGUAGGUCAAUGUGUUGAGAGGGCAGUUUUGUCAUGAAUUAACUUUAUAAAAUAUCAGUAUUUGCUUUCACUGAUUUAUGAAUUUCUGCUAAAGUCAUUAAUAUAUAUAAUUUCUUUAUGGCUAAUUUGCAGUUUUCAAAUCCAGGAGCAGAGGAAAGGUGUUAUCUGUUAAUGCUUGUUGACAGUAAUUUAUCUUCAUCUUUAGAACCUCUCACCAUUGGCCAAUGAAAGUUAAUUCCACAGUUAGAAUCUACGUGUUUGUGCCCUUGUCUCUCAUCUCGUUUUUUUUGUGUCAUUCCAACUGAAAGUAGGGACUUGGAUUCAAGCAUAAAGUUAUGGUACUGACACCUGAACAUUUCUGAUUUAACUGAAGGAUGAAUAAAACCAUAAACAUAGGCCCAUUUUGUUCCUGUGCUGUGCUACAGAAGUGUCCUUUUUCCCCGACUUUGAAUGGUCAGUGUUUUUGCAGCUUGUCAGUCGUCAGCUAUGUAAUCCCUGCCCUGUAGUGUACAUAAGUUAAGUUGGCAGAGAUGUUAUCAAAUGUCAGAAAAAGUUUGGUUCUCGUGUGAAGGUAGUUUGUUUAAAAUGUGUCUGGUAUACGGAAUUUGUAUAAAUACAAUGGAUUAAUAAAAACAGCCAACACUGAA